AUGCCAUUGCUAAUUCUCAGCAAAAGUGUUUUCGACCCCCCAGAGGACAACCCCGUUCAACGAUUCUCCAGAUCCGUCGUCCCCACGUCUAAAAAGGUCAAAGACCAAGUCUUUGCAUUCGAUCGCGUUUUCGACGAAAACACUACACAGUCCGAUGUCUAUGAAGGGACAACCAAGAACUUAUUAGACAGUGUCCUUGACGGCUACAACGCCACUGUUUUCGCUUACGGCGCUACCGGCUGCGGAAAGACGCACACCAUCACUGGCACCGCUCAACACCCGGGUAUUAUUUUCCUGACCAUGCAGGAGCUGUUCGAGAAAAUCGAGGACCGGAGCCAGGAAAAGUCGACAGAGCUUAGCUUAAGUUAUCUCGAAAUAUACAAUGAAACGAUUCGGGAUCUUUUGGUACCUGGUGGAAGCCAAGGCGGCCUGAUGCUCAGGGAAGAUAGCAAUCAAGCCGUAACGGUGUUCGGUCUAACAAGCCACCACCCCAAGAAUGUCCAAGAAGUCAUGGAUAUGAUUAUCCAAGGCAACGAGUAUCGAACCGUGUCACCAACAGAGGCAAACGCCACCUCGUCUCGGUCGCAUGCGGUAUUGCAGAUCAAUAUAUCUCAAAAAGACAGAAACGCAGAUGUCAAUGAACCGCAUACCAUGGCCACCCUCAGCAUCAUCGACUUGGCCGGAUCUGAGCGUGCAUCGGUGACGAAAAACCGCGGCGUGCGCCUAACCGAAGGCGCCAAUAUCAACAAAUCUCUUUUGGCACUGGGCAGCUGUAUCAAUGCGCUUUGUGACAAGCGCCAGCGCGCACAUGUCCCCUACCGUAACAGUAAGCUCACCCGAUUGCUGAAGUUUUCGCUGGGCGGAAACUGCAAGACAGUCAUGAUUGUGUGCGUAUCCCCUUCUAGUGCCCACUUCGACGAGACGCAGAAUACACUGCGCUAUGCAAACAGGGCCAAGAACAUCCAAACCAAGGUUACUCGCAACGUCUUCAACGUCAAUCGCCAUGUCAAGGACUUCUUGGUUAAGAUUGAUGAACAGAUGGCUCUCAUCAAUGAGCUCAAAGCGCAGCAGAAGGAUGCUGAACAAUUGUUCUUUGCUAAAUUUCGAAAGCAAUGCGACAAGCGAGACGGCGUCGCUCGAGAAGGUGUGUUGCGGCUUCGCGCAGCUUACGACCACUCCGCGACGGAGCGUCAGGAGCGCAUUGCUACUAUGAAGAAGCUCAAAGCCUUUGAGAGACGAAUUGCCAUGUUGACCGGUUGGAUUGCUGCGUUUGAUACCGUUUGUGAGCAGAGAGCAGAUAACGAGUCGAUGCCUCAAAACUUGAUUUCUAUUCGAAAGACUGCUCAAGGCAUUCAGCUUGAGCUUGAAAAUAGUCGUCAACAUAUCCAUCAAAAGCUUGAGAAGGCAACGUGGGAGCGGGCUAUCGAUACAGCACUUUCCCACAGUCUGCAACAACUCGAAGGCCUAGAGGGCAUUGACACCGGCGAGCAUGCUACGUUGACCCGGGAGGCAGAGCUCCUCAAAGCCAACUUUAGUCGAGAAGCGUACCGUGAAGUCCUCGAGCAAGAAAAGCUCGGCGAUGCAGCCAUGAUGCAAAUGCUUCUUACUUCCCAGUUCGAGAUGCUAGCGUCGCUUUCCGAUACUCUGGCCAUGGAUGAGGAGAGCGCUGUCGCUCACGCUAAACAGAUUAUCCACAAACUCCUCGAAACAGGAUAUACUGCUGCGGGUCAGGUGGUGAAACCUGACGGUUCUCUUCCCGUGGUAGAAAUCUUUCCCCCAACUCGUAAAGGCACGCCGAAGCGGAAGAAAAGUCUUGGAGCGUACGUCAAACCCAUUGCUCCUCUGGCGCUUGCUGCUGUUCAGAAUGAGCAUGUGUUUGCCAGCCCGAUGAAAUCGUCGCCAAGAAGACGUAAGGUGUUUGGCGCGGCGAAGAAGGGAAUUAGCUUCACACCAAUUAAGAAAUCCAAGCCCAGGAGUGUUCGAUGGAGGGAUGACGAAAGCGAAGAUGGGACUCUGGCCGAUUUUGCAAACACGCCGCAGCAGAUGGACUCAACCCCUGAUCAGUCGUCAGCAGAGAGGACCCCGAUUCCGCCACCGCAACCAACCUAUCUUGUCGAGGAUGAGCAGAACCGCGAGACAUCGAGCCCCAGGAUUGAGGCACCAGAGGAGGACCAGACGGCCACACCACCUUCCAAGCCGGGGCGAUUCCAAGCUGGGUUUCUAUCAAAGACCCGAAUGUCAAUGCAGCCACAAGGCUCACCAUUGCUACAAGCCCCAACGUUCAGCCGAAGCGUGUCGUCCAGCUCCCCCAAUUCUGGCAGGGUGUCACCGCUGCGAGCACUGGAUGUCUCUAAGACAGGCAACAUGUCGCCGCCGUCAUUGCCGGCAGCUCAUCGCAGCAGGUUAAGUCCACCGCAGCCGACAUCUUUGAGGGCCAUUGUGGAUGAGAACAACCCCCCUGCUCAAGGGACACCUAGCUCCGGCUCAGACUCUGAGUCGAGCAUGAUUGAUGUUCGCAAGCUCCGCAGUGCCAUGCAAUCAGCCAAAGGCCGCAGGCCCAGUGCCUUGGGCGGAGUAGUCGCUGCAAAUGGAAGACGCGUCUCCUCGAUAUCCACCAUCCCUGAGCGAGCUAUGCCGCGUCCCAGCAUGCCGUCGGUGUUGGCCAGCAGCACAAACGGCAUCUCGAGGGCUCGUCGUGGCAGCCUGGAACGACGGAAAAGCCCUCCGCUCACCUGCUCACCACCCGAGUUUAAAGGUGACCGAAACCUGACCGCUGGCCAGGCUAGGCGGAUGAACCUAGGUGGGAGCGUCCGAGUCGAGAAUACAGCAAAUAGCCCGCGAGAUGGCUUGAAAGAGGCACCACGUCGCGUUACUAUUAGUGUCGGAUCGACGCCUGCCUCUCAACGACGCCAGGAGACUAGGGGAACUACGGUAUGGCGAUAA